AUGUCCCCUGCUACAGCAAUCGCUAAUAUUAUGAGAAGUCCACCAAUAAUAUUGAGUGAAGACUUGGAGGAAAUAUUCCGUUUACCAAAUUUAUUUAACGUUCUUGUGGGCUCAGUGGAAAUAUGCGCUCUUGGGUUUAAUCUCACGAUGGGUGACUGGACUCAAUUUCCUGGAUCUGUUUUAUUCCUGAUGUCAGUAUUACUUCAGAUAUUUCUGAUGAGUCUUUACGGAGAGAAUAUAAUUCAUGAGAGCAGUAACAUUGGUGAAACAGCUUACCUCAGCAGUUGGUAUAACAUGGAUCAGGAAUCUAAAAAGUUAUUACUCAUUAUAAUGCAAAGAUCGCACAAAAAUCAAAAGUUGACUGCAUAUAAAUUUUCAACGAUUUGCUACAGAAGCUUCACUAAGAUAAUAAGUACUUCGUGGUCGUACUUUACAAUUCUGAAAACGACUUACAAGCCUUCUGCAGCUGUAGAAUAG